GGCACGGGUAACACUAAGCCUCUCUCUUGGCUUCUUACCUUUCUGCGCAUGUACAUUUCGCUACCCCACGAUGGAUUCACCGUCAAAUUCAGAAGUAACCGAGGUAUUACCGACGUGGGGUGCCUUUCCAGCUGAGCAAUAUCUCCUACAGCACUGGGAUCCCUCCUGUUCUGAACCUCCGGUUGACCAGCGCCGCCGCUUGAUCCGCGACUUUGUGCACAUCCUCGACUCGAUUCCCCCGGAAUGGGUCCUUCCUGAUCCCCCCUCCACCGCGGUGGCGAUGGCUAUCGUCCCCACGCCGGCCCAGGUCCGCGACGUCCUGGCGCCCUGGAGACCGAGGCAGUGGCGGUUCGCCGUGCGGGAGGUGCUGCGCUCUAGCCGUCUCGAGCUAUCCGUCUGGGUGCGUACGCACUACGCGGCCGACCCGGCGGAGCGGGCCCGCGACGGCGAGCGGCUGAGGGGUUGGCUCGAGACGGACGACGGCUUCAACGCCAACAUUGAGAGCGACACCACGGAGGAGACGAUCCCCUGGCGCGUCCUGGAUGACCCUCUGCUGUUUGACUUUGGAGACGACUGGGAGCGCGUCUUCGAGGUGCUCCCCGAGUUGGCCGGGCCCGAACAAGGCCUGUCGCGUCGGUUCACGGGCCCUGAGGGGUGGGACCAAGGUAGAUACUUGGAAAGCUUGCAACAGAUGCUCCGUGAGAAUGUCAGCCGGAUGGAGACUCAGGAGGAGAAGCUUGAGGCGGUGGAGUGUGGCGGCAACGAUAUGCAGGUCCGAGCGGUCGACUCCUACCUGCUGCUGGCAGACGAAGAGGCGAUUUGCUGCGAUGAGGAGAUCUGGACGAUGGAUGACCAGAUAAGGAAGGGCAAGAUCCAGACCUCCGAGUUCUGGGACAGCAGCGAUGUUGGGACUAACCCUGGUGGGGCGCUGAACCCAAAGUACGGGGCCUUUGGGGAGAUUAGUCGCGAGUUAUACGGGGUAGAGGAUCUGCUCUAG